GCACCACAAGGUACUCAAAAAGCAGGGCCUUCACGUGGUACCCAACAACAGCAGGCACCACAAGGUACUCAAAAAGCAGGGCCAUCACGUGGUACCCAACAACAGCAGGCAUCACAAGGUACUCAAAAAGCAGGGCCAUCACGUGGUACCCAACAACAGCAGGUAUCACAAGGUACUCAAGAAGCACGGCCAUCACUUGGUACCCAACUACAGCAAUCAACACGUGGUAUCCAACAACAGCAGAUACGACAUGGUACACAACAGCAGGCAUCACAAAGUCAACAAGCAUGGCCAUCACUUGGUACCCAACAACAGCAGUUAGCACGUGGUAUCCAACAACAGCAGAUACCACAUGCAUGGCCAUCACUUGGUACCCAACAACAGCAGUUAGCACGUGGUACUCAACAACAGCAGAUACCACAUGGUACACAACAGCAGAUCCCACAUGUUACAAAGCAGCAGGCAUCACAAAGUAUUCAACAAGCAUGGCCAUCAUUUGGUACCCAACAACAGCAGUUAGCACGUAGUAUCCAACAACAGCAGAUACCACAUGGUACACAACAGCAGAUACCAUAUGGUACACAACAGCAGAUACCACAUGGUACACAACAGCAGAUAUUACAUGGUAUACAACAGCAGAUAUUACAUGGUAUACAACAGCAGAUACCACAUGGUACACAACAACAGCAGUUAGCACAUGGUAUCCAACAACAGCAGUUAGCACAUGGUAUCCAACAACUGCAGAUAGUACAUGGUACACAACAGCAGGCAUUACAAAGUAGUCAACAAGCGUGGUCAUCACGUGGUACCCAACAACAGCAGUCACCAUGUGGUAUGCAACAACAGCAGGUACCACCAGAUACCCAACAAGCAUGGUCAUUACGUGUUACUCAACAACAGCAGUCACCACAUGGUAUGCAACAUCAGCAGCAAUCACCACAAGAUACCCAACAAGCAUGGUCAUCACGUGGUACUCAACAACAGCAGUCACCACAUGGUAUGCAACAUCAGCAGGUAUCACCAGGUACUCCACAAGCAUGGGCAUCACGUGGUACCCAACAACAACAGUCAUCACAUGAUACUUUGCAAGCAUUGUCAUCGCCUCGCACUAAACAAAUGGCACAUCGUACCGAAAAAUCAGAGCCAAAAACUUUUGAAGAUGUAAAGAUACUUGUUCCUAAAAGACCAUGGCCACGUGAUACUAAAUCAUCAUGGCCAACUAGUCCUAUACCACCAGACAAAUUUGUAUCUAAACAGAAACAACUAGAAAUAGAGGUUUUUGAUCAUGAGUUCCAAAAAAAUAGAAUAUUCAAUAUAUCUUUGAAAAGAGUUGCAGUUCUUGAUUUAUCAUGGUUAAAAAGUGGAUCUGAGAUUGAAAAAUCUGAGAUUGACAUGAAACAAAGGUGUGUUCAAGCAUUGGAUGUUAUUUUACGGCAUGGUCCUUCAUGUCAAUAUACAACGGUUGGCAGAUCACUCUUUCAACCACCAGAAGGUAGAAUUGUAUCAUUGUCAAAUGGUUUAGAUUUAUGGAUUGGUGUAUUUCAAUCUGUUAUAAUUGGAUCCAGGCCAUAUUUGAAUAUAGAUGUUGCACAUAAAGGAUUUCCUACAAGUCAACCAGUUAUUAAUUUAUUGAAAGAGUUCUGCAAGAAUCCGAAAUCUUAUGUAUUACCAGAUGAGAUAACUGCAGCAGACAUAGACCGAAAUUCAGAUAAAAUAAUGAAAUUCUUAAAGGGAUUAAAAGUUCAGUAUGAAUUGCCUGAUCAACCUACCACUAAAAGAACUUACAUUGUAAAUGGAUUAGUUCCUCCUGCAAGAGAAAACACAUUUAGUUUACAAGAUGGAACUAACUGCACAGUUGAACAAUAUUUUUUACAAACUAAAAAAUAUAAAAUAAAACAUUAUGAUUUACCUUGCCUUUGGGUGGGAUCUAAAGCUUCCCAUAUCCAUGUGCCCCUGGAGCUAUGUACAGUCAUAGCUGGGCAAGUCCUGCGGAAAAAAAUGGACGACUCUCAAACUUCCAAAAUGAUUCGUGAAGCAGCAACUAAUACUGAAAGACGCAAAGAGAAAAUUAUGAACGGUUUUGCUAAAAUGGAUUUAAAUCGUCAGUCAACUGUAGCGAAGGAAUUCCAUUUUUCUGUACAAGGGGAAUUUGAAAAAGUGCCGGCAAGAGUUCUUCAAGCUCCCGUGUUGGAAUAUUAUCAGAAGAACAUCAAUGUAUACAAAGGAACAUGGAGAGCAGAAAAAUUUUUAAAUCCAUGUACUUUACCAGAUAAUUCAUGGACUAUAUUAAAUUUAGACAUGUAUGUGCGUGAUCCUGAGUUACAUCAUUUAUAUUUUAAAUUACAAGAGUGUGGUAGAUCUUUAAACAUGAAUAUUAACAAACCACAAACUCCAUUUAAAAAUAUAAAAUUACAUUACAGAGAUGUUAGGAAUGUUCAAGAAUAUUUUAUGGAGAAAAAGCAACAAAAUAUGCAACUUGUAAUAGUAAUACUUCCGAAUGUGGAUCGCGCAUACAGUGUGGUAAAACAAAUUUCGGAAAUUCAUAUACAUGGCGGUAUUGUAACUCAAUGCAUAAAACAGCAAACCUUAAGAAAAUUAAAUGAUUCAACUAUUGGAAAUAUUUUAUUAAAAAUUAAUUCAAAGCUUAAUGGUAUUAAUCACAAAUUGGCUUUGUCUCAUCGGUUGCAGCAAGUCAUGAUCCCAAUGCUUUCCAAUAUAAUGUUGAAAUAAGACUUCAAUCACCGAGAGAAGAAAUAAUCGCCGAUUUGAAAAAAAUUAUGAGGAAACAAUUGCUUUACUUUUACCAGAGAACAGGACAUAAACCCCGAAGAAUAAUUUUUUAUCGGUUUGUAGAUGAAGAUAUUAAACAAUGUGUAAGCUUAAAUACUAAUGCAAUAGACGGUGUAAGUGAAGGACAACUUACGCAAGUGAUACAUAGUGAACUGUUUGCAAUAAAAGAAGCUAUCGCGGAAUUAGAGCACACUGAAAAAUGUAUGGUGCCAAUUACGUUCUUCGUAGUUCAAAAACGACAUCACAUACGUCUUUUCCCAACUGAUAAAAAUAAUUCCGAUGAUAGAAACUUUAACGUUCAAGCAGGUACCAUCGUUGAUUCAGAGAUUACACAUCCAACUCAAAUUGAUUUUUAUCUCGUAUCUCAUGCUAGUAUACAAGGUACCGCGAGACCUACAAAAUACAGAUGUAUAUGGAAUGAAAAUGGAAUGCAAGAAGAUGAAAUUGAGGAGCUUACAUAUUAUCUUUGUCACUUGUUUGCACGUUGCACGAGAUCUGUUAGUUAUCCUGCACCUACAUAUUAUGCUCAUUUGGCUGCUUUUAGAGCAAGAGCAUUAAUACACGAGUAAGUUCGUAGUAUGUUAUUAAAUCCUAUGCACAUAUAUACUUAUUAUGGUGUUUAUGAUUUAUAUUUCUGUGCAGCGUUGAUUUAGAUAUAAAUGAUCUGGAGAAAGAACAGAACGACAAAUUGACUUUACAAUUAAAUGAAAAUUCACCUAUGUUUUUUGUGUAAAACACACGUAUAUAUAUGUAUGUAUCUUUUUAAUCUUUAUAUUUAAUGUUGAUUAUAUAAAUUCUAGAAUAUUAGUGUUUAAAAUACAUCUUAUGCAUGGUAAAUAAAAAUAAUUUUUUUGUUAUUAAUAAAUAUGUUUCUGAUAAAUAUGUUUGACAUGUGUCUAAUAAAUAUGUUUUCCAUAAUUUUUUAAUAUACACAAAAUAUAUUUUAUAUAUGUAUAUUUUAUAUAUAAUUAUAUAUAAUAUAUAUAAUUAUAUAUAUGUAUAUUUUAUAUAUAAUUAUAUAUAAUUCUUAUUUUAUAUCUUAGUUUACUUCAUGUACAAUUCGUAA